GGUACAAACACGGGGAUUAGGUAGGUAUCUGGCGAAUUGUUUGGCAAAACUAUUGGUUAGGUAAAAGCAGUAUUCACUCCACAUUUGGCUGGUGAGUUGGUAGAUAAUGGCAGACCUAAGAAUACUUACCUUUUUAUUGUUCCUGUUGUGCUUCGCUGAUAUUAUAAUGAGCAAAAUAGUCCUACCUCAUAAACUACGCUACUUGGAGAACAUGUUGAAUGCUGACAUGAUAGCAAAAUCAGCGAAGAUCCGGCAGCGAAUGGAAGCAAACCCGAACAACCAGGACAGCGAGAAGAGUUGGCCACUCCUCUUAGCUAAAUAUCAAGCUGAUGAUAAAAGAAACAUGCCCGAGUACUCAUACGAUAGCUUGUAUGCGAGGCGAAUACCUAAUCUUUAAUUAAGUAGCAUAAGAUAAUGUAGGUACCUACUAUAUACCAUGACCUUACCUAAGUAUUGUACGAGUAGCAUACGAGUAUGAAAAGUAAACAAUGCCUUGUU